CGCCACUGAUCAGCUGCUCAGUUCCACCUCGACAUCCAAACGCACAGCCAGCAGAACAGAAUCUCCGGGUUUCCAUAUUUUGCUGCCCUAUGGGAAAAACACAAUUAUUACUUACCAUUUGGAUAUCCGCGCAAACUGGAAUUAACUAUGUGCUUUUUGGCAAUGAAUUCCCUGAAUAAUAACGCGAAGCAAGUGAAAUAUGUGCGAAGCCAUAGCUCAACUGUUAGUUCAAUAUAAAACAUUUAAUAAGUACAUUUUAAUACACACAAUUGCCCAGUGUUCGAAAUAGAAUUCGGUUGUACAUGUGUAAGAAUAUAAAUAAAUACCAAUAGAUGAUUAUAUAUGUACUUAUGUACAAUUGCACUCAACAACAGUUUGAUCAAAAAUCAUGCUGGCCAAAUCAUGCUGCGGUUGGACAAAAUAUAAGACUUACGAUCCAUACCAUCCAUCCAUAUCAAGAGAUAACACUUUAAAUGAAAAAACUCAACAAAACCACUCCAUCACAGCAUUUCACAUUAGAGUACACCCCAACGAAAUCAGGUGUUCAGUUCCUUGCAGAUUUUUCUGUGACUGCAAAAGAAAAAGAAACGAACGAAUGAUUAUAAUUGGAAGUUCGAAAUGUAAUUUACAUGUAAACCGAUGUCUUGCAAUCGCCGUACUUGUAAUCCUAGCGGCUGCACGCAGUGCCUUCGCUCAGACUGAUAUACAAAGCUUCAGUAAUUCUUCCAACGGCAGCGUUAGUCCGGAAAUCGUUUUGCUGUCUGAAAAAAACGCAUCUUCUCCGGUAUCUGCAGAGGAUAAAAUUAAUGAAAAUACGGAAUUAUUCCAAAUGAAAGUACAAAGUAAGCUGGGCAAAAAAAGUUCCUCUUUGCCAAAGUUAUCAGUUUCAGGAGAUUUUACAAAAGUUCAAAGCGUGUCCAUGUACCGCAAUACCCUUCUCAAUAUAGAAAGUAUACUACACCGACAAUUACGUGAGAAAGCCAAGGUGGACAGUUUAGAGUCAAUUAAAAUGCAUAUCCUCAUGCGCUUAAACUUAAAAAAACUUCCCAAUAUUACAAAACCAAUAUCAGUACCACAAAAUAUAAUAGAUAAUUUUUAUAAAGGUUAUAAUACUUCCUCAAAAAACACAGUUUGGAGUCGCAUGGGAAGUACAGACGAAUCUAAUUUAAUGCAAAAAUCAACAGUCCCAGAAAACGUCAAAUCAAAUGGCACUUAUGACAGUGACACCAUGACUGAUUCUUUAGAUGAAAGUUCGUCUUCUCAAAUGCAAGGCGAUGAUGCUAGCAUUGUUAACGAAUUUCAAUUAAUGCAAGAAAUAGAGCUGAAUAAAUAUCAAGAUACAAAAACUGAUAUUCCCGUUAGUAACGGAGAGGAAUACGAAAGUAUUCUUUCACACAUUAGUAGCAUUUACAUAUUUCCAGAACAAAUUCAACCUCAUGUCCGACACAACCGUAAUGCCGAUGUGUUUCGAUUUAAAAUUGACGGUAGCUACUCGGAUUUAUCAUACGCAACGCUUCAUUUAUAUUUACGUGGUUGGGAGUGGAUAAAUACACAUCAGCCAGAGCUCAUUCGAGAAAUUAAUAAUCAGCCAAGUAAAGAUAUUGUUGUGACUAUUCACCGUGCUACGAAGCGUGGAAAUACAACAAGCUUUACUCAUAAAGGAAAAAUAUUUGAGUUUCGACGUAGUAUUCCGUCAGGGCUUGGCCAAUGGGUUAAUGUUGAUUUAAAAGCUCUAUUUGGCGAUUUUGAAUUAAAUACCACACAGGAAGUUCUUAUAAAAGGAGCAGAGUCCUGGAUGAAGCCAUUAGUAGUGACCACUGACAAUACAUCAAAAAAUCCAUUGACUUUUCAUAUAGAAAUUGGGUCACAAAAAAAGAAUCGGAGAAAGCGCAACGUGUAUAUGGACUGCACAGAAAACGAUCAUGACAUGCGAUGUUGUCGAUAUCCACUUAAAGUUAACUUCACCAGCUUUGGAUGGCAUUUCGUUGUGGCACCAACGUCUUUCGACGCAUAUUUCUGUAGUGGCGAUUGCAAAGUUGGUUACCUAGAGCAAUAUCCACAUACACAUUUGGCAGCCUUAACGACGUCGGCCACACCGUGUUGCUCGCCAACAAAAAUGAGUUCCUUAAGUUUGUUAUAUUUCGACGAUAACCAUAACCUGGUGUUAAGUGUUAUACCCAACAUGUCUGUCGAGGGUUGCAGCUGUUCCUAGCAAAUACAAUUAAGGCAACCCAAAGGUUUUUUAUAACAUAGAACUAACAGAUAAUUGUAUGUAAAUAAAUACACAUUGGGGAAAUUAUUUACCUGUUUGAGAAUGCUAGUAUAAUGCAUAUUCCCCAGAUUUGACAUAAAAAAUAUGUUUUCUUAAAGAAAAAAUUAGUCGGAUUGCAUGCUAUUACUAAAUAUUUAUCUAUUAAGGUUCGCUUCUAAAAUUUGAUUUUUAAGAUAAAAAGUUGCAGUAAAGAGAGUAAGGCCUUGGCUUCUAGUUACGGUAUUUCUAGCUUACACCCUACAUAGAGAAUUAUGAAGCUAAACCUUUUUUAAAUAAUAAACUUAGUCGUGACCACAAGACAAAUACUCCAGUGAUUUAAGUAAAAAGCUACCAAUAAAAAAUGAUAUAAAUAAAUAUCUUUUAUGACGAAUUAAAGAACAAAACUGGCUUCCUUAAAAUGUCUUUAA